AUGGCGCUACGAGUCGGUGGCGUCCCCGAGCACUUCAACCUACCAUGGCAGCUGGCAAGGCAAGUAGAGAUGCGACCAGAAAGGAAACUGUUUGAGCAGGAAGGAUUGCAGGUAGAAUGGAAAGAUUUUCCUGGAGGUACAGGUGCCAUGACAAAAGCGCUGAACGAUGGAGAAGCAGAUGUUUGCGUACUCCUGACUGAAGGAAUUGUUAAGGACAUUGUCUGCAACAAGAAGAGCAAAAUAGUCUCUACGUUUGUUUCCAGUCCUCUUUGCUGGGGAAUCCACACAGGAGCAAAACAGCAAGACGUGACAGCCGUGAAGGAUCUCAAUGAGAAGAUAUGGGCGAUCAGCCGCUUCACCUCAGGCUCGCACCUCAUGGCCUUCGUACUGGCGAAGCAGGAGGGAUGGGACACGGCGAGCCUCAAGUUCAAGACCGUUGGAGACAUCAAAGGCGCGCAGGAAGCUCUUACUGAUGGAUCUGCCAACGGCUUUCUCUGGGAGAAGUUCAUGACAAAGCCUCUUGUGGAUGGGGGAGUCUUCCGUAGGGUAGGAGAGAUUCCAACGCCAUGGCCAUGUUUCGUGAUCGCAGUGAGGAACGAGAUUCUUCAAGAAAGAUCUGCAGACGUCAGGAAGAUGAUCGACAUUGUUCAGAAGGUUUGCCAGGAGUUCAAGGCGGACGAAACGUCUCCAGCGUUGGUGGCACAGACGUUUGAGCACAAAUAUGAAGACGCGUGCGAGUGGAUGAAAAGCGUUGAGUGGAGCUCGGCAUGUCAAACUGAUCGCGAAAUGAUCCUGAAGGUCGCACACACACUGGCAGAGCUCAACAUCAUCCAAGAGAUUCCUGACGUAUCAGAAAUCGUCAAGGACAUUUGA